AUGCAACAGCAGGAACCAAGUACUUCAGGGAUUAUAAAAGAACGAGAGGAAGCUGAAACUGAUGAUGGGUCAGAAUUUGAACAAUCUCUGAGAGAACUGAAGGGUUUGUGUUCUCAUCUUCAUCAAGCUGCAAAUUAUUGUGAGAAAAGCUUCUUGAAAGCCAGGCACAAGAGAAAUGUGGUGGACAAUACAAAGGAUUAUAUCUGCAGGGCUAUGGUUACAGUGGUUGAUCAUCUAGGAACUGUUUCAGCUAAGCUCGAAUGUCGAUUUACAGAGACCAACUCUGUUUCCGAGGCAGAGCUUAGGAUUAACAACUUAAAUCAAAGACUUGGAACUUGCCAAGGUUACUCUCAGCUGCUUGCUCUCAAAUCAAACUCUUGGGAUGGUUACUUCCCAAGACAUUAUCCUCGUUACAUCUUACCUCCAAUCCAAGAUCCUCUGAGGACUGAUAAAAUCAUGAGAAGCCCGAUUACUGUGAAGACUGCACUACUGGAAACAGAGGAGGAGGUGCCACUUUUCUUGUUUUCCACAUUCGACGACAACUUCCUGGGAAGAAAGAGCUUGUCAAAACCAGCUUUACCAGUUCGAGAUGGAAUGUCCAUAUUACCACCACUGAAAGAUCAGAAGUUUCACUUUCUGGUGCAUCUUCCUAGCUGCUUGUUAAUUCUUUUUAAUAUGGCUGCUGAAUCUGUUUUCGCUGGUGUUGUUCGUGCUCCUGAAGAUCCCAUCUUGGGGGUCACUGUUGCUUACAACAAAGAUCCCAACCCAAACAAAUUGAAUUUGGGCGUUGGUGCUUAUCGAACUGAGGAAGGGAAGCCCCUUGUUCUCAAUGUGGUGAGACGUGCAGAGCAAAUGCUUGUGAAUGAUCCGUCUCGGGUAAAGGAGUAUCUGCCCAUUAUCGGACUGGCUGACUUCAACAAAUUGAGUGCAAAACUCAUUUUUGGUGCUGACAGUCCUGCCAUUAAAGAGAAUCGAGUGACCACUGUCCAAUGCUUGUCUGGUACUGGCUCCUUGAGGGUUGGAGGUGAAUUCCUGGCUAGACAUUAUCAUGAACGCACCAUUUAUGUGCCGAGUCCAACUUGGGGCAACCAUCUAAAAGUGUUCGCUAUUGCUGGGUUGUCGGUGAAGACCUACCGCUACUACAACCCAGAGACACGCGGCCUGGAUUUCCAAGGACUGCUAGAAGACCUUAGUGCUGCCCCGUCGGGUGCGAUUAUUCUUCUUCAUGCCUGUGCUCAUAACCCCACUGGUGUGGACCCAACUGUUGAACAAUGGGAGCAAAUCAGGCAGUUGAUGAGAUCAAAAGCCCUCCUACCCUUCUUUGACAGUGCUUAUCAGGGUUUUGCAAGUGGCAGUCUUGAUACAGAUGCACAAUCUGUUAGAAUGUUUGUUUCUGAUGGUGGUGAAUGCCUAGCAGCGCAAAGUUAUGCAAAAAACAUGGGGUUGUACGGCGAACGUGUUGGUGCACUUAGCAUAGUUUGUAAGACGUCAGAUAUAGCUUCCAGAGUUGAAAGCCAACUGAAAUUAGUAAUUAGGCCCAUGUAUUCCAAUCCACCCAUUCAUGGUGCGUCUAUUGUUGCUGCCAUACUCAAGGACAGCCAACUGUACAAUGAAUGGACACAAGAGCUGAAAGCAAUGGCUGACCGUAUUAUCAGUAUGCGCCAGCAGCUGUUUGAUGCCCUGCAAGCUAGAGGUACACCUGGUGACUGGAGUCAUAUAAUCAAGCAAAUAGGGAUGUUCACUUUCACAGGGCUGAAUGCUAAGCAAGUUGCUUUCAUGACUCAAGAAUAUCACAUAUACAUGACAUCUGAUGGGAGAAUAAGUAUGGCUGGUCUUAGUUCUCAGACUGUCCCACUUCUCGCGGAUGCUAUACAUGCCGCUGUUUCCACUGUGGUCUAG